GGCAGCAGCCCAGCGAUUUCUGGGCUUGUUCCCGGGCAGGUCGGGUCCGCUCCAGGGCUGGGGGAUGCUGGCAGAGCCACGGGGCUCACAGCUCUGCAAGCGACUUAGUGCAUCCUUCCCGGCACAUGGAGACACCUUGUGUUUGGGAUAGAGGAGACGGAGAACCUUAACCCGAGCUCUGGAGGGGAAAAACCAUGCCUUAAAUGGGAAAGGCAAAGCUGAGGGUCCGUCUGCGCUUGCCGCUGGUCUGCUCACCCUGGGGGACGCAACUGAGGUCCUAACGCUGCCCCGGCAUCCAAAAUGGUCAUGAAAAGACACCACCUCACCUGCGCAGGAGUAGCAUUCGCUCUCUACCUUCAUCACCUCGUCAGCACCAUCGAAGUCCCUCUGGAUUCAAAUAUUCAGAGUGAAUUGCCUCAGCCCCCCACAAUCACCAAGCAGUCGGUGAAGGACUACAUCGUCGACCCAAGGGAUAACAUCUUCAUUGAAUGUGAAGGCAAAGGGAACCCCGUUCCCACGUUUUCGUGGACGCGGAACGGGAAGUUCUUCAACGUGGCGAAGGACCCCAAGGUGUCCAUGCGGCGGCGGUCGGGGACGCUGGUCAUCGACUUCCACAGCGGGGGACGGCCAGAGGACUACGAGGGAGAGUACCAGUGCUUCGCCCGGAACGACUAUGGCACUGCUCUCUCCAGCAAAAUCCACCUCCAGGUUUCUAAGUCUCCCCUGUGGCCCAAGGAGAAGGUGGAUGUGAUAGAGGUGGAUGAAGGUGCUCCGCUCAGUCUGCAGUGCAACCCGCCGCCUGGCCUGCCUUCUCCCGUCAUCUUCUGGAUGAGCAGCUCCAUGGAGCCCAUCCAUCAGGACAAGCGCGUCUCCCAGGGCCAGAACGGCGACCUGUACUUCUCCAACGUCAUGCUGCAGGAUGCCCAGACCGACUACAGCUGCAACGCACGCUUCCACUUCACCCACACCAUUCAGCAGAAAAACCCCUACACCCUCAAGGUGAAAACCAAGAAACCCCAUAACGAAACGUCUUUACGAAAUCACACUGACAUGUACAGUGCCCGAGGGAUUACGGAAACAACUCCCAGCUUCAUGUAUCCCUACGGGACCUCCAGCAGCCAGAUGGUGCUCAGAGGGGUGGACCUCUUGCUGGAGUGCAUUGCUUCAGGAGUACCAGCACCAGACAUCAUGUGGUACAAGAAAGGAGGAGAGCUCCCAGCAGGCAAAACCAAGCUGGAAAACUUUAACAAGGCUCUUCGUAUCUCCAACGUCUCUGAGGAAGACUCCGGGGAGUAUUUCUGCUUGGCAUCGAACAAGAUGGGCAGCAUCCGCCACACGAUCUCGGUGAGAGUGAAGGCUGCUCCAUACUGGUUGGACGAGCCCCAGAACCUCAUUCUGGCCCCUGGCGAGGAUGGCAGGCUGGUGUGUCGAGCCAAUGGCAACCCCAAGCCUGCGAUACAGUGGCUGGUGAACGGCGAGCCCAUAGAAGCUUCUCCCCCCAACCCGAGCCGAGAGGUGUCUGGAGACACCAUUGUAUUUCGAGACACGCAGAUCGGCAGCAGUGCUGUGUACCAAUGCAACGCCUCCAACGAGCACGGCUACCUUCUCGCCAAUGCCUUUGUCAGUGUCCUGGAUGUGCCUCCACGGAUACUGGCCCCCCGCAAUCAGCUGAUCAAGGUGAUUCAAAACAACAGGACCCGACUCGACUGCCCCUUCUUUGGCUCGCCGAUCCCCACCCUGAGAUGGUUUAAGAAUGGCCAGGGGAACACACUGGACGGAGGAAACUACAAGGCACAUGAGAACGGGAGCUUGGAGAUGAACAUGGCUCGGAAGGAGGACCAGGGCAUCUACACUUGUGUUGCUACCAACAUCCUGGGUAAAGCCGAGGCCCAGGUUCGCCUGGAGGUCAAAGACCCAACCAGGAUUGUGAGAGGACCAGAAGAUCAGGUGGUGAAGAGGGGCUCCAUGCCUCGCCUCCACUGCCGUAUCAAGCACGACCCAACGCUGAAACUCACAGUCACCUGGCUGAAAGAUGAUGCACCCCUGUACAUGGGAAACAGGAUGAAGAAAGAAGAUGACGGUCUGACAAUAUAUGGCGUGGCUGAAAAGGACCAAGGGGAUUACACCUGCAUAGCUAGCACGGAGCUGGACAAGGACUCGGCUAAAGCGUACCUCACCGUACUAGCUGUCCCUGCUAACCGUUUGCGAGACUUACCGAAAGAACGACCUGACCGGCCCCGUGACUUGGAGCUGUCAGACCUGGCUGAGAGGAGCGUGCGGCUGACGUGGAUUCCCGGAGAUGACAAUAACAGCCCCAUCACAGACUACAUUGUCCAGUUUGAGGAGGACCGGUUCCAACCCGGCAUGUGGCAUAACCACUCCAGAUACCCUGGCAGCGUCAACUCGGCUGUCCUGAGCCUCUCUCCUUACGUCAACUACCAGUUCCGGGUGAUUGCGGUGAACGACGUGGGCAGCAGCCUGCCCAGUGUGCCCUCCGAACGAUACCAGACCAACGGGGCGCGUCCUGAAAUUAAUCCAACAGGAGUUCAAGGUGCAGGAACCCAAAAAAACAACAUGGAGAUAACCUGGACACCUCUGAAUGCAACUCAAGCUUAUGGGCCCAACCUCAGGUACAUCGUGAGAUGGAGGCGAAGAGACCCCCGAGGGAGCUGGUACAAUGAGACAGUGAAGGCACCAAGGCAUGUCGUCUGGAACACACCCAUCUAUGUCCCCUACGAGAUCAAAGUGCAGGCAGAGAACGACUUUGGUAGAGCACCAGAGCCUGACACCGUCAUCGGCUACUCAGGGGAAGAUUAUCCAAAGGCUGCACCUACAGAUGUUAGGAUAAGAGUUUUAAACAGCACUGCCAUUGCUCUGACCUGGACCCGAGUGCACGGGGACACCAUCCAGGGACAGCUCAAGGAGUACAGAGCCUAUUUCUGGAGAGACAGUAGUUUGCUGAAGAACCUGUGGGUCUCCAAAAAACGGCAGUAUGUGAGUUUUCCUGGAGACCGAAACCGGGGCAUAGUGUCCCGGCUGUUUCCUUACAGCAACUACAAGCUUGAGAUGGUUGUAACCAACGGGAGAGGCGAUGGGCCACGCAGUGAAGUUAAGGAGUUCCCCACACCCGAAGGAGUGCCCAGUUCCCCCAGGUAUUUAAGAAUCCGACAGCCAAAUCUGGAAAGCAUCAAUCUGGAGUGGGAUCACCCAGAGCACCCCAAUGGCGUCCUCACAGGAUACAACCUUAGAUAUCAAGCCUUUAACGGAUCCAAAACAGGCCGAACCCUGGUAGAGAACUUCUCUCCCAAUCAGACAAGGUUCACCCUGCAGAGGACAGAUCCCAUCUCGCGCUAUCGCUUCUUCCUGCGUGCCCGGACCCAGGUGGGAGAAGGAGAGACCUUAGUGGAGGAGUCGCCAGCCUUGCUGAAUGAAGCCACGCCAACCCCAGCUGCCACUGGGUUGCCUCCAACUACAAUCGGUCUAACCAGUACUACAACAACCCCAACUACCACAACUACCGACACAACUACCACCACCACAACUACCACCACCACCACAGCCGCCACCACUCUGCCCGCCACCACCGUCGCAAGCACUACAACAGCUACAGAGAGGGCUCCGGCAGCCACCACAAAGCAGGAGUUGGCUUACACCAAGAAUCACGUGGACAUCGCAACGCAGGGCUGGUUCAUCGGGCUGAUGUGCGCCAUAGCUCUCCUGGUCCUUAUUCUGCUGAUCGUCUGCUUCAUUAAGAGGAGCAGAGGCGGGAAAUAUCCAGUACGAGACAAUAAAGAUGAGCAUCUAAAUCCCGAAGACAAGAACGUGGAAGACGGGUCGUUCGACUACAGCGAUGAAGACAACAAACCCCUGCCAAACAGCCAGACCUCCUUGGACGGCACGAUAAAGCAGCAGGAGAGCGACGAUAGCUUGGUGGACUAUGGAGAGGGGGGCGAAGGGCAGUUUAACGAAGACGGCUCCUUUAUCGGCCAGUACACGGUGAAGAAGGACAAAGAGGAGACCGAAGGCAACGAGAGCUCGGAAGCCACCUCCCCAGUCAAUGCUAUCUACUCGUUGGCAUAGCGCAAUGCACUGAAACCACAAACAGCCUGAGGUGUUUGUAGUGGAUGGGGGUUAAACAACAGCCCCGCCGCCACUACCUCCAACAGAAACGCGCGAAUGAAACCAACCAACAAUGACAAAAAAAAAAAAAAGAAAAAAAAAGAAAAAAAAAGAGAAAAAAAUCCAAGCGAACAGGCAGACCAGGUGGCUGCCGAUGCCAUCUUAUCCUUAGCAAACAAGCGAAUGGCGAGGACUCCCGGGGCACGGAUGGGUUGUAGCUGUAGCUGAAAUGUGGGCUGAGCCAGAGGGGCUGGAGGAGGAGCGGGAUGCUCGAGCUGCACCCCAGCUUCGGGGCUGGCCCCAGCGCCCAGAGCCCGCCCGGCAGGGCCACGAUGGGCUCGGCCGCCCAGGCUCCCCGAGGCCCUUUUUGUUCUUUUGGGAGGAAGUUAAAAAUUCUUCUUUUUAAUCUUUACAGGAAGGUUCCACAUAAGAGGGGGAGGGGGAAAAAAAAAAGGGAGUUUGGGGAAGGGAAGAGGGGUGAGCGGGGCCUGGGCAGAGCAGCAAGAGCAACAUAAAUGCAUGAAAGAAGAAAAGUGGUGGAUCUUUGGGUAACGACACCAUGGCACUUUUUACCGAGAUGUCCAUCCUCACGGCAGCAUCUUGCCCAUAGCCUCUCCCAGACUAGUCGGCGCCACAACCUCCUUCCCACAAGAUCAAGCAGCACCUAUGCAGGGAAGAGCAGGUUCCUACGGCUUCCCUCGGCACCGUAACUCACGUUGGUGCUGAGGCUCCACGGUCCAUCCCCCCUGCAAACCCCACGGGGAGGCCACCCACCACCACUGCAGGGCUCCGGAGCAUCCUCUGAGGACAGGAGGUUGCAGAAGAGCUCGUGGGAUUCGUGGAAGGACAGUCAGGUGCUGCUCACCCUCUGAGCCCAGGAUAAUAUCAUUGCUUGCCUGGGUAACUGCAGGCAAACCAUUUGGGUUUAGUCUUUGCUUUGUAAGAAUCUGGGGGGGAAACUGCCCCCAGACCAUGCCUGCUUUCUUUUAAGGGCAACUCCAUACAUUUUAUGUAGCAAAGAGGGAGUGGGAACAGGACCAGUACUAACAUAGGAUGAGGGGACCAGAAAUCACUUAUUUUUAAAAACCGAAGGCACCCGGUCAGGAUGAGAAGCUCCCACCAGGAUCGGGUGGAGGAUCCCCUGCUGUUGACCUGCACCACAGCUCCCAGUCAGCAGCUUGAACGGGCCAGGGAUGCACGUCCCUCAGGAGACAGGGAGGAAGGCACGUGGCGGGAGCGCAGGUCCGCAUCUUCCCAGGCACUGGGGAUGCGCCAGAUCAACAGUGUUUUCCACUAAACUCUUCUCCUCGUUUCUGACAGUGGCCUUUCCCCCCUCCAUCGAUCACCCUGAGCAAGACCCUUCCACAAGCGAGCGAGCACUGCAGGACCCCCCUCCGCUGCCUUCUUUACAUAUCAAGACAACACGCGAUUUAAGUUAACCCGUUAACACACAGUAAACAAAAGCGUCUCGGAUAGGAGUGCUCCUUCACAUGCCUUACACAGCUUCGAACUUCCAAUGAAGUUUAAUAAACUGACACUCUUCCCCCACCGCUUACGCGCCCCUAACGCGACGGUCUUCGAUCUGCCAGACCAGUAGGAGUAGGACGCCUGGGCAGCUCUCCCAGCUGAGACAGCAUGGAUCAUUGUAGAAGGUAGAGUUUUAUAACAGACAGUACUUAGUGGCCAAUGCCAUGUGUAUUCUCCCACUUCCUGCACUUUUGAAACCAAAGGUACCUUCGCUGAAAGAGGUCGGAUUUCUUCAGACAGUUUCACAGACGGCGAACGACGUUAGGAUGGGUUUUUCUUUCAUUUCUUUUUCUAAGGAUGAUGGUUUUGUUCUGCAUAAUGGAUUAAAUGCAAUAGGAUUAAUGCAAUUAUUCUUUUAGCUUUCGAGCUGGUUUGCUAUGAAGACAUGUUGCUAACAAGAAUACUUCUACUAAUACGGAUUGCUGAGGUGGACUUUGCCACAUUCUUUAAGCUGCUAAUGGCACAACUAUCCUGCGCUUCGGGGAAGAGCCCGGGCCUGGGCAGCAGGCGUGCAGCACCUACUGCUGGAGCACGCAGAGGAAACAGGAGCGAGCCAGAUGCGAACCAAACAGCAAAGGAGUUGCAUGCACCAUAUGAGCCAAGGAGGGUUUAGGCUGGCGUUGACAGGCAGAGCCCCCUCCUAGAGCUCGGGAGCUCCUGCUCCCCCAGGGCAGCGCAGGGACGUCCCCUCUCCACCACACAGGAACCCAUCUGCCAGGGUCCUCCAUCCAUAUCCUCUCAGAGCAGGAGCCAUGCACCUCGCUCCGUUACCAUCAGUGUAAAUGCAUUCAUGCAACAAGCCCGUCUCUACUGCUGCCACUCGCCACUGAUCCGGUUUAAGGAGAGCGGCUCCCAGCCCGGUGCCAGGACACGCAGCAGCUGUAUUCAGCUUUUAAGCAAACACACCAGGCCAAAUAUAACGCAGCCCUUGGUUGCGGGGGUAACCACUUCCCAAGCCUACAGCUGCCCUUACAACGUUGAGUUUGCGUAACUUCUUGCCCAAGCGCUGGUGGAAAUGAGGAGAGAAAGAAACUACAGCCUCUGAUGGGGCAAAGGUUCUGCUGCCAGAGCUGGGCGUCUUCAUUCACACCCGAUCCUCACUGCUUUGUGGACCAACCGCUAACGGGGACCACGAGACCCUUGGCUACCACGCAACACCUCCAAACCUCAAGAAAGUUGGUCAGGCAUUAUUGGAAGCAGGGCGGUCUGUGUCAUGUGUCUGUAUUAUGUGCCAUUUAUAUUAAAGCCUGUAUUUCUGUCCUA